AUUAUCAGCUAGAUUAAGUUUACAGUGUUUCAAGACUUGAUAUUUACCAUUGAAGCGGUGAUUUCUUUGUUUAUCCUGCUUGUAAAUGAUAAAAGAGCAGCUCGAUUCAAUGAUUCAUGUGAAAUAGUUCCGAUAAACGUCUUCACAGUCAGAGAUAGGCAAUAAGUCUGUUUCAUAGAUAGAAGAUUUGAGAACAGAUAAAGAAAGGGUUUACUCCCCCUAGGAAAUCUCAGCCGCUGUUGAACCAAACACUGUGGAAAAUGUGGGAUAUUUGGAGAAGACACAAGAGGAAGUUUUACCUUACAGCUGGAGUUCUAGGAAGUGGUUAUCUUCUAUACAAGCUUUAUGAUGCUCAUAAACGCAAGCUCUUUGAUUUGGAGAGAGAACUUGCUGGGGAGAGGGAAAAUGAUGAGUUCAUUAAGGCUCAAAUGCAAGAACAUUUCGCGAACAUACAGAGAAUAGCAGAUACUACAACCUUACCUCAUUCAAUGUCGUAUUUGAGAAAUCAAGUUGCAGAAAUGUUGGAUCAUUUACACUUGACUGAGAAGUUAACAAGAGGGAAGGGUCAGCCUAAUACUUUAACCCCUGCUGAAAAGCUUGAGCUAUGGGAUGAACUUAAACUUUUGAGUUUCACGAAAACAAUGCUGUCUCUGUGGUCAUUGACGAUGUUGAACUUAUAUAUUAGGGUUCAAGUCAAUAUUUUGGGAAGGCAUUUGUACAUAGAAACGGCUCGCUGUUUUGGACCUUCAGAUCUACUUGAAGAAGCUGAUCUAAUUGAUAGAAAUGACCAGCAGCAAUUCCUAGCAAGUGCUGAUUUUCUAUCCAACGAGGGCAUGCUCUCUUUGAUUGCUGGUAUGCAAGCAGCUGUUUCAGAAGUUCUCAUUGGAAGGCAAUGGAAAGAUCUGUUUAAUGCUACUAUUCUCCAUGAGACCUUUGUACAGAUAUUAGACACAUUCAUGAGCAACGGAAGCCCUCACCAUUGGAUUAACUGUUUGAUGCCAGAAAAUGAUUCCAUAGUAUCAGGUGGUGGUGGGAGUGGUUCGAUUGAUAGGGAUCCUUCUGACCUCUCUAAACUUGAUCAGCUCAUGAUGGAGGCUCGUGCUGUCUUAUCUAGCAAUGAGUUUGGGAAUAUUGUGGAGAUAUCACUGAAAAGAGUUGUGGAUUUAUUAGUCGAAGAUAGUGUUCAAUUUGGGGGAGACUAUAAUCUAUCUACAACAGGUAUUCCCUUAGCCAAACUCGUACCUCGUGUUGCCCAAAUGAGCUCUACACUCCUUGAAGAACCGACUAAUAAUAAUAGAUAUAUCCAAACUAUCCAAAAGAAUCCCGAUGUGGAAUUUUUCUUCACUCUCCUUUACGCCAACAUGCCAAUAUCUUAGAAAAUAAUAAAUUCCUUUUGGCGAGCUGGGGAUUUGCUGUGCUAUAAAUUUGUUGGAAUAAAAAUGAGGAACAAUUUACUCAGUUUAGUUUUUUAGUUACAUUAAUGUAAAUUACUACUGAAUUGAUGAUGUAUUGUUUUAUUUGCAUCAUAAGACAUGUUUACGAAUUGGGAGUUAUUGUUUUUGUUAUUCUAUUUUAAGAUUUGUCUUUGUCGGGUUCUGGAAUCGACAUGUUUUUUAUUACUCUGAUUUAUGAGUUGGUUUUGA